AUGCAACAAUAAAAAGAUUUAUUUGCUCACUACAAGCAGCCAUCAAUUAAAGAAGACUCAUAUGUGACCGGCUUGAAAUUGGCUAAUUCUUUAAAGGGAAGUGAAUUGGUCCCCUUCAUCCCUAUAAAUGGAAGAUAAGUGAACUUUUACUAUUGUGGUCCAACAGUAUACAGUAACUCUCAUUUGGGUCAUGCUAGGUAAUGUUAUUGUAAUUAUGUGUUUAGAACAUAUUUGGGCAUUGAUGUAAUAAGAAGAACAUUAAGAGAUUAUUUUAAUUAUGAUCUAUUAAGUGUUAUGAAUAUCACCGACAUAGAUGACAAGAUCAUUAAUGGAGCAAAAUCAGCCAAUUAAGACUUUCUUGAAUUUACAAAGGUUUGGGAGAAAGAUUUCUUUUCCGCCAUGGAAGCACUCAAUAUCGAAUUACCUGAUGUUAUUACCAGAGUCAGUGAUUAUGUCCCUGAGAUUGUUACAUUCAUUGAAAAGAUCAUCGCCAAUGGAUAUGCCUAUGAUAGCAACGGAAGUGUGUAUUUUGAUUAUUUUUAAUUUUAAAUUAAACUGUAGCAUACAUAUCCUAAAAUGAGACCAGAAACGAAUGCAGAUUUAUUAUAAGAAGGAGAAGGAGAAUCAUAGGCAAAUAAAUAAUCAGAAAAAAAGAGUCCUAAUGAUUUUGCCCUUUGGAAGGCAAGCAAGCCAGAAGAACCUAAAUGGCCUAGUCCUUGGGGAGAAGGUAGACCAGGAUGGCAUAUUGAAUGCUCUGUGAUGGCUAGUGCUAUUUUGGGAAAUCCCAUUGAUUUACAUGCAGGAGGCAUUGAUUUAAUAUUCCCUCAUCAUGAUAACUCUCUUGCAUAAGCUGAAGCAUGUUUCAAUUGUGAUCAAUGGAUCAAUUAUUUCAUUCAUCUUGGUCAUCUCAAUAUUGCUGAUCGUAAGAUGUCCAAAUCUCUUAAGAACUUCCUCACCAUUGAUGAAGUUCUCAAGAGAUAUACUCCACGAUAGAUCAGAUUAAAUUUUGCUAUCCAUUAAUAUGAUGCAGUUAUGAACUACUCUGAAGAGCAAGUUGAAUAAGCAAUAUCAAAAGAUAAGGCUUAUCAAGAAUUCUUCUAAAAUACUAAGAUUUAUUUGAGAGAAUCAUAGGUCACAGGUCCUUAGAAGUGGACAUAAAACGACUUUUAAAUCAGCAAUUUGCUUAGAAAUACAAAAUAAGUGAUCCAUGCAGCAUUGCUUAAGAAUUUUGAUUUUCCAACUGUUAUUGAUGCAAUUGAUAAAUUAAUUAACCAAGUUAAUGUACAAAUUGCUGGCAAAACCGUUAGAGCUCCUCUGGUUUCUAGUGUUGUUCAAUAUGUCAAUUUUAUUUUGGGAUUAAUUGGACUCAAUUAUUAAGCCUAAAAUAGUAAUUCGUCAGACAUCAAGUCAAUAAUGGCUGAAGUAUGCUCCAUAAGAGAUUAAGUUAAAUUGGCUGCAAGAAAAGGGGAGUUUGAGGCAAUUUCAAAUAUUGUCUCUUAGAAGCAAUUCUAAUAUGAGAAGAACUUAUCAAAUGGAAUCGUAGAUUGCAUCAACCAAUUCUAAUAAUUAGUGUUGGCUGCUUCUUAAGAAAAAAAUAAACAGCAAUUGUUUUAAUUAUGUGACAGAUUGAGAGAUGAAGAGUUAUUUGAGUUAGGAAUUAAGAUUGAAGAUAAAGAAUAAGCAUCCAUUUGGAAGUAAUAUGAUCCUAAGGAAUUGAAAUUGGAGAGAGAACAAUAAUUAAAAUUGAUUUAAUAAAAGGAAUUGUUAAAGAAGAAAGAAGAAGAGAAAAAGAAAUAAGAGGAGUUGGAGAAAUUAGAAAAGGCAAAGGUUCCUCCCAAAGAUCUGUUCAUAUCUUAAUUAGAUAAAUACUCUGAGUUUGAUGAAAAAGGUAUACCUGUGAAAGAUAAGGAUGGAAAUGAAUUAUCCAAAAAAUAGAAAAAGGUUGUCUAAGAUUUAUGGGAUAAAUAAAACAAGAUUCAUAACCAAUAUUUAGAGACAUUAAAGAAAUAAUAAUAAUGA